AUGCAGACCCAUCUCACCCAUUUUGUCGUGUUCUUCUCGCUCGUCGGCCUUGGCAUGUCGAGGCCUCGGGCUAGUGAGGCCAACUCGCCACCGUUGCCCAUUCUGAAGCUUCCGUACGCAUCGUACAGGGCAUCCAGUUACAACGCUGACGAAGACUUAUACAUCUUUUCCAAUAUCCGAUAUGCCGCGCCGCCGGUCGGUGAUCUGCGCUGGGCAAAGCCGGCGCCACCGCUGAAGAACAGCACACUUCAGGAUGGAAGCUUAGGCCACGCAUGCGUUCAAACUGCUGUCAAGAACUUGAAUGUACUCGGCCCUGGGAACAAGUUUCCCCUGGGGACCGCAAUCGACCAGUUCGUUUCUGGCAUUCCGGUCCCCUUGUUUAACUCUGGCAACGAAGACUGCCUCUUUCUUGAUGUGUCUGUGCCGGGGAAGGCCCUGAGGUCGCCAUCCACGUCCAAGCUCCCCGUCGUCGUUUGGCUGUAUGGUGGUGCCUAUGUUUUCGGAAGCAAGGACAGUGCCCUUCCUGGCUUUCCGUUCUAUGACGGAUCCGGCCUCAUCAACCAGUCCGGCGGCGAGAUCAUUUUUGUCGCCAUGAACUACCGCCUCGGGGCGUACGGUUUUCUCGCCGGUACCACCAUGGAGCGAGAGGCCCUCCCCAAUGCAGGUCUGUGGGACCAGCGGGCGGCGUUUCAGUGGGUGCACGACCACAUUUCCUUGCUCGGCGGUGAUCCCACGCAGGUCAUAGCCAUGGGCGAGUCGGCCGGUGCCGGCUCGCUGAUGCACCAUCUCGUGGCCGGGGGCGGCACUCUGGAUCCGCUGUUCAAGCGCGCCAUCCUCCAGUCGCCGGCGUACCAGUGGAUGUACGACCGCGCAGGGACGGUCGAGGCGACAUUUCAAGCGUUUGCGAAGCUGGCAGGAUGUGCUCAGCGAGGGAACGCCAGCAGUACGAGCGGUGAAACGGAGACCAUCCAGUGUCUGCGAAGCGCGCAUCCGGACGCACUCCAAAAGGCCAACAAGGCUCUCAUGGACACCGUACCAGCCGGGUCCUUUGCUGUGGGACCAACCACGGACGGCUCUUUCAUCCGGCAGCUGCCCGUGCUGGAGUUGACGUCGGGCAACUAUGCCAAGGGUGUCGAGGCGUUCUUGCUGUCGCACUGUGCCGAAGAAGCGACGCUGUUUGUGACCGGACGUGACUCCACGGACGCGCUCUUUGCCGACUUUCUCCGCGGUACCUUUCCCAACUACACGCACUCAAACGUCGUGGAGAAGAUUCUCGAGUUUUAUCCACCCGUGGACAACACCACCGGUACGCCCGUCUAUAGCAGCGAGUCCGCCCGCUAUGAAGCGUUUUUGCGCGACAGCUGCUUCACCUGCAACGUGCGCCACCUCAACGAGGGCGUCGGCGACAACAAGGUCUGGAAUAUGCAGUACUCGGUCACGCCCGGCUGGCACGGCACAGACCUCCUGCCCAUGUUUUUCAACGCGCGCGCGGGUGUCAAUCUGUCCAGCGAUGUACUCAAGGACAUCCUGGAUCUGCUGAUGCCGGCCGCAGGCAUUUUGUUGUUUGGUCUCAGCACAGCGUUGCAGAGCUACUUCGCGUCGUUCGUAACGGCGGGCAAUCCCAACGCGCAUCGCGUCGUCGAUAACUUCCCAAGCACGAUCCAAUGGGACCACCCGGUGAGCAAUUCGAGUGGCGAGCAGAUCAUGGGCGUGCUCAAUAUGGGCGACUUUCGGUUCAGCACAAUCAACGACACGCAGAAUGAGAAGACGCCCUGCCAGUUUUGGCGCAAUGUGGCGGCGGCUGUGACAAACUUGGGCGGGUAUGCGCCACCGGGUGCCGUUGUUGAGCAGACGUUGGUCAAAGCGGACAACGAUCCAAGCGCCAACUACGUUGGCGGAAACCGUCCGUAG